AUGUUGUCAAUACUGAGAAAGGCUCGUUUAAAGGACAAGGAGAUGCGGAUUCUGAUGUUGGGCCUCGACAAUGCCGGCAAGACGACCAUUGUCAAGCGCAUCAUGAACGAGGAUGUCACGACGGUCAGCCCAACAUUGGGCUUCAUUAUCAAAACCAUUGACUUCAUGGGAUAUAAACUCAACAUCUGGGAUGUCGGUGGGCAAAAAACCCUCCGAUCCUAUUGGAAAAACUAUUUCGAAAAGACCGACACCCUAGUUUGGGUAGUUGAUGCCACUGAUCGCCUCCGUGUUGAUGAUUGCCGACAGGAGCUUUCCGGUUUGCUGUUGGAAGAGGUGCGGACAGUCCCACCACCCGCAAAAUCUCCCCAACUGACCACUUCUCAGCGACUGAUGGGAGCCAGCCUCUUGGUCUUUUUAAAUAAAACAGAUGUGGAACAUUGCAUGAGCGAGCAUGAAGUUCGACAGCGCCUUGACUUGGAUUCAAUCAAAACGCACAAAUGGACGAUUCUCCCAUGCAGUGCCAUGACGGGCAACAAUCUUAAUGAGGGAUUAGAAUGGGUGGUUCAGGAUGCCAAAGACCGUCUCUUCCUCUACUAA